UUAUUCAUUACCCACAUCUAAACAAGGCUUGUAUCCAGUAGAGGGAGAGAAAGAGAGGGGUAAAUGGGUAUAAUAAUUCGAGUUUUGGUUCUCGUGGCCUGUAUUUUCCCAGCUUUCAUCGAAUGCCGAGUUCAACGCUACACGUUUGAUGUGGUUUUGAAAAAUACUACAAAACUAUGUUCGAGUAAGCAAAUCGUCACGGUUAAUGGAAAGUUUCCAGGGCCGACCAUCUACGCUAGGGAAGAUGACACAGUACUCAUUAAGGUUGUUAACCAUGUUCAAUACAACCUUUCUAUUCACUGGCACGGAAUUCGGCAGCUCCGAACCGGUUGGGCAGAUGGACCGGCAUACGUUACGCAGUGUCCAAUCCCAUCAGGGCAAAGCUAUUUAUAUAACUUCACUGUUACUGGCCAAAGAGGCACCCUUUUUUGGCACGCACAUAUCCUGUGGCUGAGGGCAACUGUCCAUGGUGCUUUGGUCAUCUUGCCUAAGCUUGGCGUUCCCUAUCCAUUCCCAGCUCCUCACAAAGAAGUUGUCAUUGUAUUAGCUGAAUGGUGGAAAUCCGACACCGAAGCCGUGAUCAAUGAAGCUCUUAAAUCAGGAUUAGCUCCAAAUGUAUCAGAUGCUCACACAAUCAAUGGUCAUUCAGGACCCCUCUCGAGCUGUUCUACACAAGGGGGAUUCACAUUGCCUGUCAAGAAUGGAAAUACUUACUUACUGCGUAUAAUCAAUGCUGCACUCAAUGAGGAGCUGUUCUUCAAGAUUGCUGGGCACAAACUCACAGUUGUGGAGGUUGAUGCUACCUAUGUGAAACCAUUCAAAACAGACGCAAUUUUGAUUGCACCAGGCCAAACCACCAAUGCCCUCAUCACUGCUGAUCAAAGCUCUGGCAAGUACUUAGUUGCCGCCUCCCCUUUCAUGACCUCUCCGAUCGCGGUCGACAACAACACCGCCACAGCCACACUACAUUACUCCGGCACUCUCGCAACAACCACAACGACGUUAACUGCCCCACCUCCUCAAAACUCAACAUCAGUCGCCAACAACUUCUUGAACUCUCUCAGAAGCAUUAAUUCAAACACCUACCCUGCAAGAGUUCCAUUGACCAUUGAUCAUAACCUUCUCUUCACAGUUGGCCUUGGGAUCAACCCUUGUCCCACCUGCAAAGCUGGGAAUGGAAGCCGGACAGUGGCCAGCAUUAACAAUGUCACAUUCGUAAUGCCAACCACAGCCUUACUUCAAGCUCAUUAUUUCAACAUCAAUGGAGUUUUCACAACUGAUUUCCCGGCUACCCCACCUCAUGUUUUCAACUACACAGGCAGUGGACCAUCGAAUUUACAGACAACAAGAGGGACAAAGCUUUAUAAACUGAAAUACAACUCGACGGUGGAACUUGUUUUACAGGACACCGGGAUCGUCGUCCCAGAAAACCACCCUGUUCAUCUCCAUGGGUUUAAUUUCUUCGUCGUUGGAAGCGGAAUCGGUAACUACGACCCUAAAAAUGGCCCCAAAUCAUUCAAUCUCGUCGAUCCUGUUGAGAGAAACACCGUCGGAGUGCCUUCCGGUGGAUGGAUAGCCAUCAGAUUCAGAGCUGAUAAUCCAGGAGUUUGGUUUAUGCAUUGCCAUUUGGAAGUGCACACAACAUGGGGAUUAAAGAUGGCUUUCUUGGUGGAAAAUGGCAAUGGACCGAACCAAUCGAUCAUUCCGCCUCCAAAGGAUCUUCCAAAAUGCUAAGCGAACGGCAUGGCGAAGAAGAAGAAGAGGGUUAUAACAUACCGUCGAUCCAAAAGUUGAGGAAGAAGAACAUAGCCAUUGUUACCUAUUUUCUUUUUUGCUUUCGAAAAAUGUUCAAAUA